AUUUUCACUACAACAUUCACUCUAAAAAGGAAAAUCUACCAAGUUGAGAUUUCAGUCCGAAUUUUGAUUUCCGGGAUACAACAUCUAAGGAAAGAAAGUUUAGUUUUUUGGGGCUAGUUGAGAAAAAUGGCGAGCAAUGGUCAUCCCCACGCAUUUUUAGUUCAAGGUGGUCCUUUUGCCCCCGUGGCGAGUGAGAUGGUUCUCGAGGAGUACAUGUUUGGGAGGAGGAGGCAGCGAAGGAAUCGUACCACAUUCUCCCCUCAACAGUUAUCCGAAUUGGAGUCUCUCUUUGGAAAAACGAAAUAUCCCGAUAUCAUAACAAGAGAGGAGAUUGCGAUAAAAAUUAACUUGUCUGAAGCCAGGGUCCAGGUUUGGUUUCAGAACCGGAGAGCGAAAUGGAGGAAAAACGCACGUCUUCAAUUUAUGCAGGACGCUUGGCGCAUGAGAUAUUUAGGAAUGCAUACCAGCAACACGGACAAUAUUGCGAAAGGGAAUGAAUCCACGACCCCACCGGAUGCGCUGUCAGCAUCUUCGCCCUCAUCGAAAAUCCGGCCUGAUGAAGGCGACGACGAUGACGACGAGACGGGGAGGAUGACCACGAACACUCCCCCACUUUCCGUUACGUCCUCUUCGCCAGGGAACUUGAGCCCGGGUUCAGAUAACCUUCGUCACGGGGGGACGGAAAUUGGGACAAAUCGACUUCUUCUCAACCAAACGAGAGAGCAUCAUAGUCACCAACUUUAUUGUGCGGAACGACUCCGAAUUGCAGCACAGACAUUCUGCAUGCUCCAACAACAAAGUCAGACUGGAUCGUCUCCUAAUUUUGGUGGGAUGUCGUCCCCCACGUCGCUGCUGCCCUCGCUUUGUCACUGUCUCCCUUCCCCAAAGGAAGAACCAGGACAAUUUGGCCACCUCCAGAACAGAGUCCCUACAUCGUCCCCCUCCUUCCUGCAUCUCCAGCUCCAACAACCGCACCCCUUAUUUCAUGGGAGCAUUUUGUCAAAAGGUGGAAACAGCAGUCUCAUCGUCCCCAACAAAAAUUCUUCCACUACUCCGACGACCGUUAAUACAACGGGUGACCAAGGUCAGUCUCGUCAUCACAGUAAUUCGUCACCUUCAGCGUCUCCUUCGUCUUCUUGUGAUUCUUUCCACCCUUCUGUCGAAGGUUCUUCCAGCAAGUCGCCCAGUCGCACGAUGAGUACUUGAGUGAUCUUCAGUUUAAAUGUACAUGCAAACAUAUUUUUAUGCUUAAUUAUGAUGAAUAUUUAUGUGAUUUGUGUUACUUUACGCAAUUGUAAAUA